GAAAGUCACUUCAAAAAAGAAAGCACGCUGCCUUCGCAGUAUCCGUUCAUGUGCUGUUGACGCGUGUACAUCCACCGGCUGCAUCAGAAGUAAAUCCGCACAUGUAAUGAGACAGAUUGCGUCAGUUAGGCUAUUAUCUUUUUAUUUGAGCCGAGUGUCAUUAUAAUCUUAGCUGAUACGCGUCUGGGAAACUGCUGAGUGCGCGCACUGGAUGCUUGGGUGAACAGGUGGCGCAAACCCCAGUCUCUUCAGUUACCAGAGCCCUACCGAUCGGACUUAACGCACGCACGCACCCCACUCCACGCUGAGCAUUUAUCUGUUCUUUAAGGCGACUGAGACUGGAGCUCCUAAAGUGGACACCUGUCAAAGGAGGUUUGAUGGCAGUAGCGGACAGAGACAUGGUAGUGGACAACAGCCACCCGUUAUGUGAGGGGCAAACCCCAAGCAGCGCCGAGGACGAGGGCGUCCUCCCCGUUACCCUAUUAAGUCCCGCAGAGGACAUCGUGAAAAACUUUUACCACACCAAACGGGUCGGGAACUACCUAAUAGGAAGGAAGCUGGGAGAAGGAUCGUUUGCCAAAGUUAAAGAGGGUCUGCAUGUGUCAACAGGGGAAAAGGUGGCAGUGAAGGUCAUCGACAAGCGGAAAGCCAAGAAGGAUUCGUACGUAACCAAGAACCUGCGACGCGAGGGCAACAUCCAGCAGAUGAUCCGCCACCCCAACAUUGCACAGCUGCUGGAUAUCCUGGAGACAGAGAACAGCUACUACCUAGUGAUGGAACUGUGCCCAGGCGGAAACCUCAUGAGCUGCAUCUACGACAAGAAACAUCUGGACGAGAGGGAGACCCAGAAGUACAUCCGGCAGCUGGUGCUGGCUGUGGAGCACCUGCACAGGGCAGGUGUGGUUCACAGGGAUCUAAAGAUUGAAAACCUCUUGUUGGACGAGAAGAACAACAUAAAACUAAUAGACUUUGGUUUGAGCAACUGUGCAGGCAUCCUGGGAUACUCAGACCCUUUUAGCACCCAGUGUGGUAGCCCGGCUUAUGCUGCCCCUGAGCUGCUCUCCAGGAAGAAGUAUGGACCAAAAGUUGAUGUGUGGUCCAUUGGUGUGAACAUGUAUGCAAUGUUGACUGGAGGUCUCCCGUUUACCGUGGAACCGUUCAGCCUUCGAGGUCUACAUCAGAAGAUGGUCGAUAAGGAAAUGAAUCCUCUACCUCCUUGGCUUUCCACAGGUGCUCUUUGUUUGUUGAAGAAGCUUCUUGAACCUGACCCCAACAAACGUCCAAAUAUCCACCAGGUGAUGGCUGACUCCUGGCUCCAGCUCGCCAAUAAGAACACAGGGGCUCCCUACCGCAACAGAAUCCAUAUUGAAGAAAUGAACCAAAAUGUUGUUAGGUAUAUGACAGUGAAGAUGGGCUACAAGCACAGCGAAGUGCUGAGUUCUGUCCUCACCAACCGUGCGUGCCAUACCUUAGCCGUCUACUUUCUUUUGAACAAGAAAAUGAAGAGGCUUUCCAAGGAAUACAGGGAGAUGCAGUUCCUGGAUAAAAAGGAAGGAGAAACGCAGAAAAAUGAAUACUUCCAAACACAGUGGAGGAAGCAUGUCGAUAAACUCACCAUCCCCCCGAAACAGACACCCGUCUACCUGGCUGUCAGCAAGGGGCGCAGCAAGGAGAAGAAACACCGAACAGGCCUCUUACGGGCCCUAGUUGGUGGCCAUCGUAAUUCACCGCUAGCGCCGCCUGGUACCGUUGCGUCUUCGUCCAUGGAAUAUCUCGAGAUCCACCCACUAUUUCCAACCACCCCUCAGCAAAGAAGGCGUUUGGCUACCCUCCCGCAAGUUAACACGAGUCCAGAACACAACAUUCCUGCUCCGCCUGCACCAUCACCCAUUGGUAUGCACUCCUUUGGGUCACUCUGCAAAGCUGAGGAAAUUGAGGACACACCCUCCACACCCUGGUAUAAGCUGACCAAUGGUACCCUGUCGCCGCCACGGCAUGUCUCUGCUUUCCAACCUGACUCCUCCUACCUAAAAAAGGCCACAAUACCCAGCCCCCCUGUUCUCAUAGUGAACCCACAGCCUAAGAAGAGUAAGUCUUCCGAUUGGUGCGGUUCCUCUGACACCAGUGGUAGCCCCCCAAGCACAGUUGGAAGCCCUCCAGGAACAUCUGCUUUCAGUCCACCAAAGUCUGCCUUUAGUCCACUUAACCCCACAUCGGCGUUCAGUCCCCCAUCCAACAGUGGAAGCAGCGAUCCAGAGAGUCCGACACACCGCAGUAAGUUUCCCUCCAUGGGAAUCGGACACAUCCUGAAGAAGAAGGUCCAGCUCCAGCCAUUCACUUUUCGACCUGAACAAGUCACAGAAGAAGUGGUAUCACCACCUCCCUACCCCAUGCAGACUCUCCUUUGUGCUUCAGGAGCACUAAAGACCCUCUGUUGAGGGAUACAAUGCAGAAGAAACUGAAGUAUGAUAGACUGACUCAAGGCCCUUCUCAGAAGAAAGGUCUUCCGGAGCGGCCUUUUAAACUGUGAACUGCCCCUUUACUGAGACACUUUUCAUAACACCUAAUUCUUACAAAAACUGGGAAUUUCACAUAAAGUACCUCAAUUGUUAUACUACCUGUUUAGUACCAGGUGGUGAUACUUAGAAGAUGAGAUUGAAGUCAGAUCCUUGAGCUAAACCACUCUGUCCCAGAGACAGAGUGGAGUUGGGACAUCAUGUAUUAUGGGCCUUUGCCAUAAAACUCACACACACUCAUACACAUAAAAAAAUGUAUCAUAGACCAAGUCAAAGGUAAUCUUUUGUUAAAUAUUUCUACAACUUGUUUCCGAUUAACCCGUAUACUGAUUCACACCAGCUAAGUGACCCCAACUUUUCCCCUUACCUUAAAGUACAAGUGUAAAUGUUUUUAGUCUUUGAUAACUCUGUGUGAUAGCCUCAGACUUCCAGCCAGCUGGCACUGUAUAGGAAAUGCUGGCUGAGAAAGUCCACUGCACUGCUCUUGAAAACCAAAACCUAUUGUAACAAUAGUGUUGAAGCGUCUUUUUACCUCACUGCACUCAAGUACGACUUGCUUGGAUGGUGCCACAGCAUUACAGCGCGUAAGCAUAGAUAGAAUCACGUCGAGUAUUCACAAAGAAUACAGCCACACUAACUUAACUUUAAGUUAAGUUAUUAACUUAACUUUGAGGUUACUAAUAACUCAUAUUUCUAGUUCUCUAACUUUUCAUAUACAAGUGUCACAUCUCUUUUAAGACCUACAGGGAAACUCAUACAGAAAAAGUCUUAGAACUCACUUUUUACACAGUAGGACAUUAUAAUGGGAUUUUAAAUGACUAUAGGAUCAAAAGCCUUUUAGAACUAACACACCUCAACGAUGGCUGAGGGAAUGAAAUGAAAAAAAGUGACUUUCAUGAAAAUAUUUCAUGUCUUUUGUCUUAACUUUGUAGUUUGUGCAAUAGUUCUAAGUGUCAAUUGGAAUGAUGAGUAUUUGUCACAAGCUCUUUGAGUGACAUGAAACUUGUUCCUGUAAAUAACAGUUCAAACCCUGUACGCCAUGUGCAAGUGGAGCUCUAAAAUUGCUUUUAAAAAAAAAAGAAAGAACAAAGGGUUCCAUAAGCACAUGACGAGGCUUUUUUUUUAAUAUUAAAAAUGUUGUCGAAACUCUUCCUGUCCAAGAAAAGUUGCAUGGGUCUAAGUGUAUUGUCAAGCAUUUGAUAUGGUCUUUUUUAAAACUGUUUUUCUGGCUAAAACGGAGAUUCAUACGGACUCGAGGGGGGGCCUUUUGUACGUUUUUUUAACGGGUGGUUUUGUUUGAGUGUCGAAAGAUUUCUAUGCUGUAUAAUUUUUUUUUAAAUAUAUGAUGAACUCCUUGUCUGUCUGAUCUAUCAAA